AUGACUAGGAUGGCGUGGGCGCAGCCUGAAUACGCGACAGCUCAAAUAGCGGUGUGGUGGGACAUGAAGGGCUGUCCGAUUCCAGAGGGUUAUGAUGCUCGUCGGAUCCGUCCGAAUAUGGAAGCGGCGUUCAGGAAACUUGGCUACUCUGGUCCUGUCUCCAUCACUGCCUAUGGCGACCAGACACAAACUCCUUGUCACCUCCUGCGAGGGCUCUCUUCCAUCGGAGUCUCUAUCGCACAUACCAAACCCGAAAGCACAUGCUCACUCAUGUAUUCCGAUAUGCUGGAGUGGCGAGCUCAAAAUCCUCCUCCGGCUACAAUGAUGCUCAUCUCCGAUAAGGUGAAAGAUGUGUUCGAUUGGGAUCUGGCCCGUCUACAACAACGGACGAAAUAUAACUUUUUUGUGGCUACUCCAUCUAGGCAUAUCUCAUGUUUAGCACUGUACGCUUCAGAGUGGCUCUGGGGUAGAAUACUUGAGCCCAAUGUCGCACUUGUUCAGGACAUGAGCAGUGAAAGUAGUGAAUUAUCUGCCAUGUUUUACUGCAAAUCGUGCAAAUCGUGCUCUUUCAAUGGCCGAAGCCUCACGGGUUUCAGGAAGCAUCUCUCGAGUAAAAAGCAUGCAGUGCGAGAGGCUGUGAAAUAUGCGUAUGGAGAUCUUGACCCUGAGACGAGGACGUGGGGAAAGAACUACGCGGCGACGCCUGAAUACGCGACAGCUCAAAUAGCGGUGUGGUGGGAGAUGAUAGACUGUCCGAUUCCCGAGGGCUAUGAUGCUCGUCAGGUCCGUCCGAGUUUAGAAGCUGCGUUCAAGAAACUAGGCUACUCUGGUCCUGUCUCCAUCACUGCCUACGGCGACCUAGAACAAGCCCCUGAUCACCUCGUGCGAGGGCUCUCUUCCACUGGAGUCGCUCUUGCACAUGCCAUUCCCGAAGUCAUAUACAUGCGCAUGAAUGACGAUUUUAGAAAGUGGCAUAUGCAUAAUCCUCCUCCGGCGACAACGAUGUUCAUAACCGACUCUGUGGAUGUGUACUUCAACAACAGCCUCGUCCGUAACCUACAACGGAAGAAAUACAACCUUUUUCUGGCAUAUUCAUAUAGGCCUCACAAAAUGUCUGUCCUGCUCACUUCUGCAGAGUGGCUUUGGGAAAGCUUACUUGCAGGUGCUUGUUUGCCCACUAACAGACAACAAGACAUGUUUCAGAGACAAGAAGACCCGUCCUUCGCAAGUGCAGUGAAAGGGAGCCUUGAUGAUCUCAUGGAGCAUCUCUCAAGUGAUAAAAAACAUGCACUCGGAGUAAGCAUCGUCUGUAUCAUCACUACAUUGUUUCAUUUGAGCAACAACCUGUUUAACCUUUUCCCUUCGUUGUCAAGCAGGAGCGUGCUUUUCUCGCGUCUCGUCGAGAAAACAAGUACAAUCGACAUGAAUCGAUAA